AUGUCCUCAGCUCUCCUGGUGUUGGUUCUCCAACUCCUGCAUGGCGUAUCCGGCCAACUUGUUGUGGUCGAAGACCCUGUUUCUGCUCCUCCACUGGUCGAACAAGACGGCAGUGAUACCAUUGUGCCGGCAUUGUUUGUGUUUGGUGACUCUCUAAUAGACAAUGGUAACAACAAUAACAUCCCUUCCUUUGCUAAAGCCAAUUAUUUCCCUUAUGGUAUCGAUUUCAAUGGCGGUCCGACCGGGAGGUUCAGUAAUGGCUUGACCAUGGUCGAUGGUAUUGCUCAACUAUUGGGGCUGCCACUGAUUCCGGCUUACUCGGAAGCUACCGGAGAUCAAGUGCUACGUGGUGUCAACUACGCAUCCGCAGCAGCGGGGAUUCUUCCUGACACCGGAGGAAACUUUAUGGGGCGAAUACCAUUCGACCAGCAGAUCCAUAACUUUGAGACAACGUUAGAUCAGGUGGCUAGCAAGUCCGGUGGUGCAGUGACCAUUGCAGACUCGGUGGCUCGAAGCUUGUUCUUCAUUGGAAUGGGAAGCAACGACUAUCUCAACAAUUACUUAAUGCCCAACUUCCCUACCCGUAGCCAAUACAACGCCCAACAGUUCGGCGAUCUCUUGGUUCAGCAAUACACCAAUCAACUCACCAGAUUGUAUAAUCUUGGUGCUAGAAAAUUUAUAGUGUCUGGACUUGGAAGAAUGGGAUGCAUUCCUAGUAUUCUAGCUCAAGGAACCGACGGUAAAUGCUCGGAAGAAGUUAACCAACUUCUUCUUCCUUUCAACACAAACGUCAAGACAAUGAUCACUAAUCUCAACCAGAAUCUUCCUAAUGCUAAAUUCAUUUACCUCGAUACCGCUAAUAUGGUCCAAGACAUCACUACUAAUCCAGCCGUUUAUGGGAUUACUACUUUAGACAAGGGAUGUUGUGGGAUAGGACGGAACAGAGGACAGAUCACUUGUCUUCCGUUUGAAACUCCUUGUCCUAAUAGAGAUGAGUAUCUGUUUUGGGACGCUUUUCAUCCCACGGAGAAAGUUAAUCUCAUUAUGGCCAAGAAAGCGUUUGCUGGUGACAGCACUGUCGCGUUUCCUAUCAACAUUCAGGAACUAGCUAGUCUCAAUUAG